UGUAUCUACAUGCCGCAACGACGACGAGGAACAAAGGGCGGCCUUGUAAAAGUGUUUUACCUUUGUAUUUAGUUUUUUUCCCGAAUUGUUUGUAACAUCAAAAUGUUUCAAGAGGUGAUAAGGGAGCGACUUAUUGCGGCCGGUGACCAAAUACCGGCACGAGUGGAGAGAACGAUAGCGUCAUACGAAGAGCAGCUAGGAGACCCAGGAACAAACCCACGCGUGUCAGUGGCGCUGUGGAAGCAGUGCGGCUGCUGUGCAUCGGGAGUGUCGCCACCCACGCAGCAGCUCCUUCACACUUGGCCACACGCAAGCAACAUGCAGGCUACUCCCCACCCCGUUCCCAGCAGAUUUGCUUGAAGCAGUCUGACUCAGUCAUACUUGCUCCUGACCUCAUUCCAGUAUGACCAGCACAACUUCAACACCGAGCUGGGGAGCUAAGGAUACAGAACCAGAUCCCUCUACCUCUAACAACAGGGACCCCCUGUCCAGUCCAGUUUUCUGCAAGCUAUGUCUCUGUGAGCAUCCGCCUGCACUCACCAGGACACUGCACAGCUGUGAGUGCAUCUUCUGUACAACUUGUCUGCAGCAAUAUGUUCAGCUGACCAUCACGGAGGGUGGGGGGACACCCAUCACCUGCCCAGAUAUGGCUUGCAGAAACAUUGGGGUGCUACUUGACUCUGAGAUAGCUGACUUGGCCUCUGCAGAUCAGACUAAGCUGUAUCAGCGUUUGAAGUUUGAGAGAGGAGUGAAGCUGGAUCCUCGUAAAAUCUGGUGUCCGGUGCUUGAAUGCCAGGCCGUGUGUGAUGUGGUGCUGGGCUCCGAGGGCCAGCCCUCCGCUGUGCCGUGCCCCACUUGUCACGCCAUCUUCUGCUCUGGGUGUAGAGAACCCUGGCAGGGGAGCCACACCUGCCCAGAGCGCCAACCCAUGAUGUCACACACUCAUGCAAGCAGGGAUCGCUACAACAGCGACUCAGAGUUGCCAAUCAAACAAUGUCCUACGUGUGGCAUCUACAUUGAGCGGAACCAGGGUUGUGCACAAAUACUGUGCAAGAGCUGCAAACACACCUUUUGCUGGUACUGUCUGCAGAAUCUGGAUGGUGACAUUUUCCUCAGGCAUUACGAUAAAGGGCCUUGCAGAAACAAACUUGGCCACUCCAGGGCUUCGGUUAUGUGGAACCGAACGCAGGUGGUGGGAAUCUUGGUGGGGGUCAGCAUCGUUGUGCUGGUCACCUCUCCGCUCCUCCUGGUAGCCUCGCCGUGCAUCCUGUGCUGCCUCUGCAAGCCCUGCAGAGUGAAGAAGGAGAAAAGAAAGGAGAACCUCAGUCAGGCAGACUCCUCCACAUAGCAGCCUUCCUGUUGGGCCCUAAACAUUGGCACUGAACUAGGCACAUGGGGGCAGCUGGGGGUUCACAACACCACAUGUGGGCUUCGACAGUGAUGACAUCAAUAAGUACACAUAGUCAGCAAAUGAAAAAGAUUGAGUGGGAAUAUUAUAUACAGUACUAAAUCGUCGCCACUGACUCAUGAGCCUUUUGCCGGAAGAGUGGCAAUAAAUACAAAGUGGUGGAUCUGGCACUCAUGCGCUUCAAACCCCCUCUUAUGUAAAGUAUGAAUGUCUUAUGUACAGUAUGAAUGUCAUAAUGCCAAAUGAGAGGUUCUCAAGUGCCUCACUCUGUACUGUGCCUGGUGCUGGGUUGCAUUUGGUUAGCCUUCUUCUCUUCAUCCAUCCUUAAGAAUGUAAGCGUCCCUAUUAAGUCUAAGUAAUGUCAAGGUAAUGAGACAAGGAGGCAAACUGUCCCAUGUGCACCUUAUUCUUCAGUGAAACAUAAUAGGGAUUCUAUACUGCACAAAAAUGGAUUCCCCUGCAAAUAUGCCUUUGUUUCCAUGUGGCCUACGCUCCGGACUAAAGGUUCUAAAAAGCGGUGGUCACCAACAUUUUUUUUUUUUGCGCCAUAGACCGAUUUCACAUGAAGCAAUAUUUUCAUGGAACGCCAGAGAAACAAAAACAAAUCAAUCUCCAUACAGCUCACGCUGAAUGUAGAUUGAAUCAGUGGAAGCUCAGCGCUUCAAAAAGCCGGUACCAUCUUGAGGUCAUGGGAGACCGUGACACGAGAAGUGUGUUACACAAUACUUCUGUCCAGUCAGUUUAGUAAUAUUGUUUUGGUCAGAUUCGAUCAUAAUUCACGAAGAUAGGGUGUAUGGAAACGAGGAAUUCGGUCUUUUUUUUUUUUUGCAAUCUCUGGAUAUUCUGCAUAGAUUUAAUCCAGGCUAGUCUUUAAUGCCAGGCGCGUGCUCUUCAUGUGCAAACCAGUUUUGAAUUCUCCAUGCUUCAUUUGCGAGCCGGUUGCUACAUAUUAUGCAGAGUGGGAUUUGUUUGUGAGAAUCACCCGUAGCAACCCAGCGAUGAACCUGUAUUUUCAGUUAUAUUGUCCCUUAGAUGCAGUUUACUUCUUCUUGGAAGUUGUUGGCUCUUUUUUUUCUCCAUCUCAUCAUUUGGCCUUUUUCCCUUUCCAAAGAAUCUCUACAAAGAUGUUUGCGCCCCCCCCCUCUCAUUUUUGCUAGUUUGUGGGACUACUUUUUUUACUACCAUAUCACGUGACUGAGAUCCCAGUUUGAUGUGUACAGAGGCAAAGCUGCACCUGAUUUUCAAGAUACAACGUCUUUAAAACUGAUGAUCAAUAAAAUAUCUUUGUAUGCACUCUCUCUGUGCUGGUGGUUGGGUACUGCUGCUUUAAAGAGUAAUUCACAUUUGAAUAUGUUCAGUAGAUAUUUCCUGUUUUGCAUCAAACGUUUUCUAAAAAUGAAAUAAAGACAGCACUGAAUGUGUAUCUUGGUAUUG